UACUUUUUUAUUAAUAAUUUUUUGUAUCAAUUCUCCAUUGCCAGGUAGCUUUAUAGAUAAAGGAAAGCCUGAAGGUUGCCUGAUAGAACAACAUGCUCCUCUGUCUCUGUCUCUCUCUUCUCUCCGUCUCUCUCUCCCACGGAUUGAAUGAUGACCAUCCUCUAUACCCAUUCCUCAAUCAUUAUGAACACAUUGAUUAUGAUGAACACGAUCUACUGCAUCAUCACUAUCGUGUCCAGCGGUCAAUGUACGGGCCUAGAGAAAUUGAACUAAAAUUCACAGCAUUUGACAGAUUGUUUGAUAUUCGUCUCUAUCCUGAUGAUUCUUACAUACACAAGGAUGUGAAGAUUAAACUAAACUCUGUUCCUUAUAAAGGCCACACCUCCUUUAGGUCGCUACUGUAUUCAGGAUAUGACAUCAAUGAUCCUUCUACCCAAGUCACUGGUCAUUUAGCGUUUGAUACUUUUGACGGUGCCAUUUAUACAAACGAUGAGAUAUACUUCAUUGAACCAAGCACAAGAUAUUUUCCUAAUUCUGAUUCUCCUACUCAUUCUAUAAUAUAUCGUCACUCUGAUCUCAAUGCAACGCUGCUCAAUAUUCAUGGGCGGACUCCUUGUGGAGCUACAACCUUCUCCCAGCAAAGAAACCUUUACUCAAUACAAGAUGCUGGUCCAUCAGAUCAUAUUAAUCUCCAUACUCGGCAGAGCGGUGCUCGUAACACUAGUCUUGUCCGCUGCACUCUCCGUGUUGAAGCUGAUUACAAGUUUGUGACUAACGUAGCCUCAGGAUCUGAUGAUACGACCAGAAUGAACAGCGCCAUAGCUGUACUUAGGAAUCUCAUCACCACGGGAAGUAUUAUAUUUCAAAACACUGAUUUCAAUAUGGAUGCGGCUGGUGCCCGUGACAAUAUCCAUUUCCUUGUCCUCGAGUUUGACAUUAACACUCAGCCUCCGCCCAGCGGUUCAUUCCAAGCCAACGAGUUCAUUGGAGUUGAAGCUUUCCUUAACUCUUACUCUGAGGCUGAUUUCACUGCUUUCUGUCUCUCGUAUCUCUUUACUUAUCGUGACUUUGAUGGAGGAGUUCUUGGACUUGCUUUCGUUGGGAACAGUAAUAAUCAAUUUGGUUAGUUUUAGCAUUGUUGUUGUUGUUGUUGUUUUUGUUG